ACUAACAACCAGCACAAUGGCCGGCAGCACUGUUCCCUCCAAGUCCUCGAUCGAGGUUCCCGAGUCGGUCCUCAAGAAGCAGAAGGCCAACGCUAAGGCCGACGAGUCGCGUGCCGCCGACCUGAAGAAGAAGCGUGAGGCCAACAAGAAGAAGCGCUCCGUCAUCUUCGAGCGCGCCCAGAAGUACCAGCAGGAGUACGUCAAAGCCGAGCGCGACAUCAUCGAGGCCAAGCGCAAGGCGAAGCAGGAUGAUUCUUUCUUCGUCCCCGCCGAGCCCAAGCUCGCUUUUGUCGUCCGCAUCAAGGGUAUCAACAAGAUCGACCCCAAGAAGCGCAAGACCCUCCAGCUCCUCCGUCUCCUCCAGAUCAACAACGGUAUCUUCGUCAAGUUGACUAAAGCUACUACCGAGAUGCUCAAGAUCGUCGAGCCCUUUGUCACCUACGGAUACCCCAACUUGAAGACCGUCCGCGAGCUCGUCUACAAGCGCGGCUACGGAAAGGUCAACAAGCAGCGCCUCCCGCUCUCUGACAACGAGAUCAUCGAGAAGAACCUCGGCGAGUUCGGCAUUGUCUGCAUCGAGGACCUCAUCCACGAGAUCUACACCGUUGGCCCCAACUUCAAGCAGGCCUCUAACUUCCUGUGGCCCUUUAAGCUCUCUUCCCCCACUGGUGGUUUCCGCACCCGCAAGUUCAAGCACUUCAUUGAGGGCGGUGACCUCGGAAACCGUGAGCUCUUCAUCAACGACCUUGUCCGCCAGAUGAACUAGGUUGGUUGUUUGAGAUGGCGUUAGGCUUCUGCAAGAGAUGUUAUCUGGGUUACACAUGGUGUCAACUACCUGGGUCCAAAAGUUAGCUUAGGUUCGAGGCCAUGCCGGCCGGAGUGAGCCAAUCCGCCUGAAUAAGGACGACGGUUGGCCCUCUUUCACGAAUGAAGACGUUCAAAUGAUACCCUGUUCCUUGC